AUGGAGAAAGUCAACCUCAAGAAGCAAUUCCAGCCACGGCCGCCGCAAGAAGAGUCCCGCUACCUGAACUUCAAGCACUCACAACCCGGCUCUGGACUGAACAAGUACUCGUCGACCCUCACACGCGAACAUGACUUCCCAGCUGCCCAAGCAAUGCUCUACGCUGCCGGCGUACCGAACGAGAACGCCCUCAAGAACUACCCACAAGUCGGCGUUGCAAGCGUGUGGUGGGAAGGCAACCCAUGCAAUACACAUCUUCUCGACAUUGGCAAAGAAGUGAAGCGAUGUAUAGAAACUCAAGAGAUGCUGGCAUGGCAAUAUAACACUGUCGGUAUAAGUGAUGGCAUCACGAUGGGAAGUGAGGGCAUGCGAUUCUCGUUACAGACAAGAGAGAUCAUUGCGGACAGCUUGGAGACUGUGACUUGUGCGCAGGCUCACGAUGCGUGUAUUGCGAUCCCUGGGUGCGACAAGAACAUGCCCGGUGUCGUGAUGGGCAUGGCUAGACAUAACAGGCCUUCGAUCAUGAUCUAUGGUGGAUCGAUCAACCCUGGAUUCUCGCCACUCCUUCAAAAGCCCAUAAACAUUGCUACAGUCCUAGAAGCACAUGGAGCCUACAUCUACGAUACGCUUAAGAACCCGCACGAUCCAAGCUCGACGAAGGAUGAAAUUCUAACAGAUCUCGAAAAGCAUUCGUGCCCCACGCAAGGAGCCUGCGGCGGCAUGUUCACAGCCAACACCAUGGCCACCAUGAUAGAGACAAUGGGUCUCUCUCUGCCCGGCUCCUCUUCGACUCCUGCCUCAUCUCCCGAAAAGAUGCGAGAAUGCAAAAAGGCCGCCGAAGCGAUCAAAAUUUGCAUGGAGAAGAAUAUCAGGCCUCGUGAUUGCAUGACCAAGAAGGCAUUUGAGAACGCCAUGGUCAUGAUGAUGGCUCUCGGCGGCUCUACGAACGGUGUCCUACAUCUUCUCGCGAUGGCAGGCACAGCAGAAGUAGAACUCACCCUCGACGACUUCCAGCGCAUCUCAGACAAGAUCCCCUUCAUCGCAGAUAUUGCACCAAGUGGGAAGUACCUCAUGGUCGACCUCUACGAAAUUGGCGGAAUCCCAUCAGUUCAGAAACUCCUCAUCGCCGCAGGCCUUCUCGACGGAUCCUGCAUCACCAUCACAGGCAAGACUCUCGCCGAAAACGUCGAAUCCUGGCCUUCCCUCAAGCAGGGUCAAGACAUGAUCCGCAGUCUCGACAACCCCAUCAAACCGACCGGCCACCUUGAAAUCCUCUACGGAAACCUCGCCCCCAACGGUGCCGUUGCGAAAAUCACAGGUAAGGAAGGUAUGAAAUUCGUUGGCAAAGCCCGCGUCUUCGAGAAAGAACACGAACUCGACGACGCCCUUAACAAAGGUCUCAUCCCCCGUACUGAAAACCUCGUCGUCGUCGUACGCUACGAAGGCCCCAAAGGCGGACCAGGCAUGCCAGAACAGCUCAAAGCUUCCGCAGCCAUUAUGGGCGCGGGUCUCAAGAACAUCUCACUCAUUACGGAUGGGAGGUACUCUGGUGCUAGUCAUGGUUUCAUCGUGGGACAUAUUAGUCCUGAGGCGGCGGUGGGUGGGCCUAUUGCUGUGGUGAGGGAUGGGGAUGUUAUUACGAUUGAUGCGGAUAAAAAUAGGAUCGAUUUCGAUGUGAGUGAAGAGGAGUUGCAGAGGAGGCUGGACGAGUGGAAGCCGCCCAGGGCGCCGGUGACGAGGGGUGUGUUGGCGAAGUAUGCGAGGUUGGUGGGUGAUGCUAGUCAAGGGGCCAUGACGGAUUUGUGGUAG